AUGGAGGCUCCAUCGUCUGACCUCUCUCAAAAUGAUAGGGACGUCCAUUUGAACGCCCUUAACCUGAGUCUGAACACUCUGAUUCUGCAAGCUUUAUUGCAUGGUCUAUAUACCGGCAUCGUAGCGGUCACCUUAUGGAUUAUAUUCUCGUCUCCCCGGCAGUUACGCAGUACAUUACUGCGCAUAAUCAUUCUCACGCUUUACGUUGUGUUGACGAUAUUGUUCGGAAUUAAUUGGGCCUUUGAGCGCUAUGCGUUUAUUGAACAUGGCGAUAAUUAUUACACCGUGUUCACAGCAUUGAUAAAUCCUGGUCCGUGGUGGAGAGCAUACACCCUUACCAGUGGUAUUUCUGGCGGUAUAAGCACACUUCUGGUCGAUAUCACUAUUAUAUGGCGUUGUUGGACCCUCUGGGAUCGCCAAUGGAGAGUGGUUCUCGUACCAAUUUUUUGUGCUGUAGCCGGGACAACUAUGAAGAUAAUGGCGAUCCUCAGUACUUUCCGCAAUCUUACUGAUGGUAUCAGCAAGCAUGGACAAUUCGCAGCAGAUAUUGAUUGGUCAUUGAUCUAUAUCAUGCUGACGCUCGCUACAAACUUCACGUGCACGUUCCUCAUCAUUUACCGCAUCGUUCGGCACGCUCAAGGAAUAAGCGCUUCCCGCAAAAUCGUCGAAAUACUGAUCGAGUCGUCUGCAAUGUAUUCAUUUUCCUUAAUCAUAUACCUAGCGCUUGUGUCGAAGAAUUCAGAAGCUGCCUAUUAUGCGGAUAUUAUUGCAGCCUAUGUCAAGGCUGUUGUCCCAACGCUCCUGGUGGGACGUGUUUCCGCAUAUGCCAAUACAAUCUCGCAGCGACAAAAGAUGGUUGCUAUGUGGGAGAACCAUCAUCCCUUGACGAUGGGCAUCAAAUGCUGUCGGGAUUGUCGGGCAAGGAAACUGUAUGAUCUCCGUGUCGGCAGCGUUACUAACAGAGACUUUGCCUGGGAUUCGGCAGAUGUUUCUGUGUGA